AUGACAACUACAGCUGCAAUUUUCUUGGCUCUAAUCUCUCUCAUUUCUCAUCUUCUUGUUCUUACCGCUCAGCCUGACUUCUACUUUUACACGUGCUCCAAUGAAAGUGCUAACUACACAAAACCAAGUGCCUACCAAACCAACCUCAAUACCCUUCUUUCUAAUUUCACCUCUGACACCAAAAUUGACUAUGGCUUCUACAAUUCCUCCUAUGGUGAAAGCCCCAACACAGUUAACGCACUUGGAAUGUGCAGAGGAGAUGUGAAGCCAGAUUCUUGUCGUAAUUGCCUCAAUAAUGCCAAAAUCCUUCUCCCAAAGCUAUGUCCAUAUCAGAAGGAGGCAUUUGGAUACUAUGAUUUAUGCAUGUUUCGAUACUCAAGUCAUCAAAUGUUUGGGAUUUACCAGGACCAUGACUUUUACAACUGUACUAGUAGCGAUACUAAUGCAGCAGAUGCAAGCAAAUACAACAUUGCACUUGAAGUUCUAAUGCAAACUCUAAGAGACAAGGCUGCCGAUGGUGACUCUUAUCAUAAGGUGGCUGCGGCAAACGCAUCAGCUGAUCAAUCACAAGUUGUGUAUGGCCUUGUUCAGUGCAUCCCUGAUUUGAAUAGGCAAGAUUGCUUUGAUUGUUUGGAGGAUUCUAUUUUUAAUAUCCCAAAAUGUUGUCAGAACAAGGUCAGUGGGAGGGUCAUCAAAUUGAGCUGUAAUAUUAGAUUUGAGAAUUUCUUAUUCUAUGAUCCUACACUUGUCAAUUUAACAAAAAUAACUCUCCCCUAUACUCUUCCUCCAUCAACAAAUACUACUUCUCCACAAGGAAGUAGCAAUAAAUCAACAACUACCAUUGUUGUGGUUGUGCUGAUUGGUGCCAUUAUUGCCCUUCUCAUAGCAUUCUUUAUGAUUACAAGAAAGAAGAAAACCCAUGAAACUACAACGAAGGAUGAUGAUGAAACUAAACUAGCUGAGAUUCUGCAAAUCAAUUAUAACACCAUCAACCUCGCAACUGAUAACUUCUCUGAUGCAAAUAAACUUGGACAAGGAGGAUUUGGGCCAGUGUAUAAGGGUCGGCUUCCUGAUGGACAAGAAGUUGCUGUGAAAAUGUUGUCCAAGCAUUCUAGGCAAGGAGAUUUAGAAUUUAAGACUGAAGUGAUGUUGGUAGCAAAACUUCAUCAUCGGAAUUUAGUAAGAUUACUUGGUUUCUGUUUAGAAAAAACAGAAAGACUACUUGUCUAUGAAUUUCUUGCUAAUAAAAGUCUUGAUUUCUUUUUAUUCGAUCCAAAUCAGCAAGCUUUUUUGAAUUGGAUAGUACGGUACAAGAUUAUAAGGGGCAUUGCUCGUGGUCUGCUUUAUCUUCAUCAAGAUUCAAGAUUACGUAUUAUCCAUCGUGAUCUUAAAGCAAGCAAUAUUCUCUUGGAUGAUGAAUUAAAUCCUAAGAUAUCAGAUUUUGGCACUGCAAGACUAUUUAAGGCAGAUCAAACUCGGAGCAAUACUAAUAGAAUUGUGGGAACUCGCGGUUAUAUGGCCCCAGAAUAUGUACUGUACGGUCAAUGUUCAGUAAAAUCAGAUGUAUAUAGUUUUGGCGUAUUGGUUCUAGAGAUUAUAAGUGGCAAGAAAAACAGCUGCACCUUUCAUGUAGAGAAUACACAGCAUCAUCUGGACCUAUUAAGUUUUGUAUGGAAAAAUUGGAAGGAAGGGACAACCUUAAAUAUAGUAGAUCCCGUGAUAAGCAAUGGUUCAAGAAAUGAUAUAAUUAGAUGCAUUCACAUUGCAUUGCUCUGCGUUCAAGAAAAUGCAGCUGAUCGACCAACUAUGGCCUCAGUCUCAUUUAUGCUGAACAGCUUCUCUUCCUCUCUCCCUGUACCUUCAGAACGUCGAUUUCUUGUGAAUUAUAGCAGUUCAUCUGAGAUGAUGACUUUGAGACAUAACAGUUUAGAGGCAACAAGAGCAAGUGAACAAGGAAGAAACUCGAAUCAAUCAUCACAAAAUGAUCUAUCAAUUACGGAGCUAUAUCCUCGCUAGAUUUUUGUUCUUGCAUGUGCACACCAGUCAAAAGCGUUAUACAAGGAGGUAUAUGUUGAUGGAUAUAAUAUAUAUUGAUUGUAUGUGUAUUAUAUAAGAAGCUUUUAUCACGAAAUAAGUGAAGUUUCUCACUGGAUUUCCAAAAGUUG